AUGGAUGCAGACGAUGCUCGCAGCACCUCUUCAUCUUCACCGGCUACACAACGACUUAACAUGGAGAGUUUCGGAAAGAAUUUGGAGGAUGUUAAUGAUGCAAAUUCAACUUCCCCAACCCCAACUCUAGUCAAAGUACCAAGCCAAUACACUGACAGUGCCUCUGCUCCGACCUCUUCAAUGAAGAGGCUUCGUGUGUCACCACCUAUUCCUACACCAACUUCAAAUCGUCGACGAAAAAUUGAUGAUCGAUCUGAAGCUAUGAGUGAGCUUGUUCAGUUAGGGAGAAAGAGAACGGAAAUAGCAGAAACCAUAAUGCAACGCGAGCUACAAGCACGACCAAAAGUUCACUCCAUAGAGGAGUGCAUGGAAAGAUUAACUACUGUUGCUCAUUUGUCCCCUGAUGGUCUACUGGCUGCCUGUGAGGCUUUAAAAGAUGAGCGUAAUCGACCAAUCUUUAUGACAUUGAGUGGCGAACUUUUAUAUAUGUGGAUCGACCGUCAAAUUUCCAUGCAACAGCUAUUGUGUAAUCCAUUUGGCAAUGAUGAGACAAAGGUCUGUAGGCAUGAAUGCUAUGUUACUCAUAGAUAUGUUCCUGCUGCUAUUCACUCUACUUGCAUACUCAAUUUGGCUUCCAAACCUGCAGCUAUCUAUACAGUCAGCUUCAACUUCUUGGACUCUGGCUACAAGACACUGCUCCCUGCUCCUAUGAUAUUAUUUGAUGUUAUGCUUCGGGAUGAAUUAGUAGGGAGGGGUUUUAUUGAAAGUACUAGACAUUUAACUGCUGAAGAGCAGCUUGGUAUUUUUUUAUUUGGAAUAGGCCAUGGUGUGGCAAACAAAGUCCUCGCUGAAACAUUUCAACAUUCGGGAGAGACAAUUAGUCGGCAUUUUAACAAUGUGCUGCGAGGUGUGGUGGCUCUUAGACAGGAGUACAUACAACCACCGGCAAGUAAUGUUGGCGUGCACCCUAGAAUAAUAGAUAAUUCAAUCUUUCAUCCAUUCAAGAAUGCAAUUGGUGCGAUCGAUGGGACACAUAUACCGGUAGUCGUGCGAAAGAGUAAGCAACCAAGAUAUCGUUGCCGAAAAGGAUUUACAUCUCAAAAUAUGAUGGCGGCAUGUUCCUUUGACCACCAAUUCCUUUUUGUGUGCACUAGAUGGGAGGGUUCUGCAGCAGACAUGAGAGUGCUGCGAUGGUGUUGCGAGAGCGGAGGUUUUACGGUCCCGGAAGGGAAAUUCUAUUUAGUUGAUUCAGGAUAUGCAAACACUGAUCGUUUCCUCGCCCCUUAUAGAGGGGAACGAUAUCAUUUAAGCCAAUUCGCUGUUAAUGCACAUGCCCGAAGGCAUCGAGGACCAAAAGAUUUAUAUAAUCAUCGACAUGCUCAAUUGAGAAACGUAAUUGAGAAAGCAUUUGGAAUUCUCAAACGACGCUUCAAGGUGCUCCGACAAGCAACACCUUUUCCCUACAAAGUGCAAUGUCGUAUCGCCAUCGCAUGUUGUGUGAUACAUAAUUUCAUCAAGAGACACCAAGGAACCGAUAGGUAAUUCAACUUACAGAUGAACCCAUUAUCCACUGAUGACCAAGACGAUGAUCCCGUGCAUUUAGUUGGCCCAGAUGAGUCUCACCGAGGCGACAUCCUUCGCACUAGGAUUACGGAGCAACUAUGGAAUAAUAGAUAAGAGACGAUAUUCGGGAUGAUGUGAUAAUUUGUUUCAUUUCUGUAACUUUGCAAAUUUACAUAUGCUUUCGAAGUUAGUGUACUAAGUAUGAUUGUUAACACUUGACUCUCUACUUUGGUUUCUUUGCUUCACCAGAUCUGUUUUUUAACUUUUUCCUAGCUAGCAAUUAUAAAUAUGUUGUUUCUUCAAUUCUCUGUUAUUUUUUUUUUCCAAACUUGUAACUCUGUAUAGAUGUACUUUGGCUUG